AUGUCAAACAAUACGCCCAAGCCAAGCACAUCUUCUACCCAGCAGCAAUUACUGCAGCUACACCGCGCCACCAAUCAAAACCAAUUUCGCCAGACCAAUGAUCCGCUCACACCACGAGAAUCAGCCCUCACGAAAGAACUCAAACAGCUACGAUCAAUAAACUCCAAACUCACAUCAGUUGUUGCAGCAAUUGAUUCAGUGAAAACAAACAUGGUUGAAUUCAAUAAUGGAACCACCAAUGCGUUGAUCAUGAUGAACAAAUGGAGUGAUAUCAUUUCGCAAGCAAGUUUUACUCAUGAGAUGUUAAACAAUACCGACUGGCAUCCACAAGAUGAUGAUGAAAAUGAUGACGACGAAGAGGAUGACGACAGAAGAGAUGACGGGUUUGAAAGUCAAGAUACAUUGAGUUUUCAGGCACUGGAUAAGAAUGACGAUGCUGAGCUCGAGUUGUUGCAACGCAAAUUGAUGAAUUAUGAACUGGAAAACAUGGUAUUGAAGAAAAGAUUGGAGAAGGAAGUUAUGGCCAAACAGGAGAAGCGGAGUACGGCUGAAGAGCAAGCUAAUAAGAGAAGGCGCGAGUUGGGAUUACCUGGAGGUACCACUCCGAAUGCAAAACGAAGACCGAUGCGAUAA